AUGGCAAUUCAUGGCCCUGGCACCGCGACGGCUGAUUUCACGUGCCGCUGCCGAGUCUCGCGUCAGCUUCUGCGCUCACGACCCAGUGGAGCUGGUCAGUAUGCUUUGUGCGACAUUGGUGACGGUCUUUUUGCCGUCUGCCGCAUUGCACUGGGCGCCGUAGACGUCAAACAUCCGUAUCAGAUCGAUGCGUCCGUCACAAUCCAGCGCAAUUUGCGGUCUUUUUGUGAUCUGCAGCCACUUCUUCUUGUCCAGAGCAACGAUUCCAGUGACAGUGGAACACGACCGAGCAAUGAUCUGUAUUACAUCGCUUCGAGAGCAGUGCGUGUCGCUGUGGCGGUGACGCUAGAGCUAGACGCUUUACCAAUGUCCAAGCAUCAGCACAGUCAACUACUGCGUGACGCUGACACGCGCUCAUUGUUGCAGCAGACAAUCCAGAGAAAUUGUGUUGUAUGUGUAGACGCGAGGGUGAGACUUCCGACGCUGGAUGGUCUCACGACGAAGCAAGAGGAGCUUUUGAUGACCUUCCGUGUGGUUUCAACGUACCCCGCGCAAUCCUUUGUGCGGAUAACGUCCGGUACCCGAGUCACAUUCACAGCGCCUAGUGGAUGCAAUGAAGUGGAUGCCGAGAAAAAGGAAGAGAAUGCAAGCGGUGACGCGGAUAAGACACACGUAGGAUCGCGACGGAACAACGAAGUCGUUACCAUAGGGGGCAUGGAAAAAGAGCGAGCAGCUCUACGUGAGCUGAUCGUUCUGCCGCUUGCGCAUCCACGACUGCGCUCGGAUCUAGGCGUUGAGUUUCCGAAGGGUGUCUUACUCUGUGGACCGCCAGGCGUCGGCAAAACACUCCUCGUACGCUCGGUCGUACAUGAGUGUCGUGAGAUGAAGGACGCAUCCGGCGCCAUGUUGGAUCUAAAUCUGCAAGUCAUCAAUGGAUCGGAAUUCAUGACUAGUGGGCGCGGUGAUGCGGAGCAAGCUUUGCGCGAGACGUUUGAGAAGGCAAUGGUCCACGCUCGGAAUGCCCAGCACUGUACAAGCGUCAUCUUUAUUGACGAAGUAGAUGCACUGUGUCCGAAGCGACAAGCUACUGGAGGGUGGGGCUCGUCUGCGCACAGCCGCAUCGUUGCUCAGUUGCUGACGUUAUUGGACGGUGUAGAGAGUGGUUUAUCGCGGGAGAACGUUGUAGUAGUCGCGGCGACGAAUCUGCCGAACUCGAUCGAUCCCGCGUUGCGUCGACCGGGGCGGUUUGACCGCGAGAUUUUUGUUCCUACGCCGAACGCAGCAUCGCGUAAAGAAAUCUUUCGCGUGAAUCUUCGUCAAACACCCUACGCCCUCGGCAGUGUAUCACAGGGAAAUGCGGAAAAGAUACGUGACAUUUUUCUCGACACGUUGGCCGCAAAGGCCAUCGGCUACGUCGGCGCUGAUAUUGCUGCUCUGUGUCGCGAAGCCGCUAUGAUAGCAUCCACACGGCAGCUUGUAGCUGUUUCACAAGACCGUGAACUCGAGCAGUGGUGGGAAGACUGGAAGCGGAGGGCAGAGCCUCUUAGUGCUGACAAGAACUCAUUGACAGCGCUUGGUUCCGUAGUCGCCGGUCGAGCGUGGCAUGCAAAUCCUGCUGCAAUUAUUCCGCUAUGGUUUCUUGUCAAGCAGUUGCAGCACUGCGAUGCUAGCAAGAAUGUUGCGGAUGACAAGCAACAAGCACUACAGUCAGGCUUUUUCAGUGAUCUACUAGGGAUUGAGCAGACGCGCACUUUGGUGUCCUCAUGUCACUAUAGAGGCAAAGCAAAGAGAGCGCAACGCUUCGAGCUGACUAUGUCAGACUUUGACCAAGCUAUGCAGACCAUCGUGCCUUCAGCUCUUCGAAGCGCCAAUGGAUUCAUGAGGGGUCUUGAACGACAUGGAUGGGAAAGUAUCGGUGGUCAGGCAAAAACCAAGCUCGCGUUGCAGCAAGCACUCGAGUGGCCCGUCAAAUUUCCGCAGACCUUUGCCCGUCUUGGCGUCAAACCUCCACGCGGUGUACUGCUUUACGGUCCGCCUGGAUGCAGCAAGAGCUCCAUUGUGCGUGCAGCGGCUCAUUCAAGUGGCGCCACUUUUCUCUCGCUCUCGGCGGCCCAGGUGUUCUCACCGUUCUUUGGCGAUGCUGAAGCCGCGGUCCGUCAGGUCUUCCGUGAUGCACGUGCCGCACUUCCUGCGAUUGUCUUUUUUGACGAAAUCGACGUGAUGGUUGCAAAGCGCGACUUCGAUGGGUCGACCGAUGGAGAGGGGACUAGCUCCUCUGCGAUGCGCGUUCUUUCCACAAUGCUCAACGAAAUGGACGGCGUCGAGUCACCGGAAGGGCUCUUGGUCAUCGGUGCGACGAACCGACCAGCUUGUAUUGAUGCAGCACUCAUGCGGCCUGGUCGGUUCGACCGCAUCUUGUUCGUGGAUCUCCCGACUGAGCCUGACCGUGUUGAUAUUCUGCGCAUUCACUCCCGUCCGAUGCAGCUACAUGAUGAUGUCGACAUGAUCGACCUGGCAAACCGGACGCCAUAUUUCAGCGGAGCCGAACUGGAGAAUCUGUGUCGUGAAGCGGCGCUGCUCGCUCUUCGUGAGUCGCUAGAAGCAAAAAACGUUCGCAUGUGUCAUUUCAACCAGGCUCUUUGUGAUAUUAUUCCCGUCUCCUCGAAAGAGUCCAUGCGAGACUACAUCGACUUUGCUGAAGCUAUGGGCCAUCUUCCGUAA